UAGGUAUAUACUGUAUAAUGUCUCUUCAACCAAGCGUAAGACCACGUGUUCGUGUUCCUUCACCUCAACUUAUGGGAAAAGUUGGUAUUCGUCCUGUCAUGACGUUUACGGGUCCCAGGAUGUCUUUUCGACCAAGGAUUCCACCUUCUGUUAACGUUGUUAAUAGACCAUCGGUAAUUGCUGAUACCUUUAAGCCACGCGGCGGUUCAAUUUCUGUUCGUCCAAGGGCAAUAUUAGCAUCACCCCAGGCUGCAAAGCCUGAUUCUAAUGAUUCUGUACCAAAUUUGAUUCGUCGUAUUUUAAUAUCUCCAUCUAUUCCGCACUCGCCUUCAAAUUUGUCGUCAUUUUCGUCAACUUCAACUUCAUCAUCUAGUUGUACUCAAAUUGAAAACUCCAUAGCUAAUCUUGGUGUUGUUGCUGCUAAGCCGAGAGGCAAAGGGCAUGGAGGACGUGGUGGACGUAAUCGUGGUGGCCCGCAUACACCGUUGUUGGAUUCCUUGUUUACACGGCCACAAACUUGUGUUUCCAAAAUGGGUGAAACUGGACGCCAUGUUACUGUUGAUACGAACUAUUUCAAGAUCUUAAAGAAACCCGAAUGGAACAUUUAUCAAUAUAGAGUAGAUUUUGUACCGGAAAUAGAUAUGAGCUUUGUUCGUCGUACAUUAAUUCUCCAACAUAAAGCAAAACUUGGUGGAUAUAUAUUUGAUGGGACAAUGCUUUUUACUACUAAUGAUUUAAGAGGCACUAAAAAGGGUCAUUAUCAUGAAUUCCAUCUAACGUCUGAGUAUCGUGAUGGAAAGACAGUGCUUAUUAAAAUUAAACAUGUUGGUAUUGUCGAUGCAAAUGAGGCUCAACUGUUCCAAGUAUUGAAUUUAAUCUUACGUCAAUCAAUGGGUGGACUGGAUUUACAACAAAUAGCUCGUCACUUUUUUGAUCCUUAUGCUAAGAUUAGCAUUGACCCGUAUCAUAUAGAAAUCUGGCCAGGUUAUAUUACAUCCAUUCGUCAACAUGAGCGGGAUAUUCUUCUCUGCACUGAGAUUACACAUAAAGUUAUGCGCACCGAUACUCUUUACACCAUACUUCGUCAACUAACGGUCGAAACUAAAGACUAUCAAAAAGCUUUUAAGACUGAAGUUAUAGGUUCUAUUGUGUUGACGGACUAUAACAAUAAAACUUAUCGUAUAACUGACGUUGAUUUUACGAGUUCUCCUCUAUCGACAUUUUCAUUGAAAGAUACAAAAGUUUCAUUUGCUGAAUAUUUUAAAUCG